AUGAAUAAGAGCGUUCCUACACCAGUGGACCUCAGUUACUCACCGACCUCGAUCAUGGAAGCCAUCGGUGUCUUCAUGACCUACCCCAUGUCUUCUUACCUCGAACAAGAACUCGACAAACGCUUCAAUCUCUUCCGUUUGUGGAAUCUCCCCCAGAAAAACGACUUCUUCAAGGAGAAUUUUGGUUCAAUCAGAGCCGUUGUCGGAAACGCCAACGCCGACAAGGUGGAUUUGGGGCAUUAUAAGCAGAAAGGGAUUAGGGUUACUAAUACACCUGAUGUGUUGACCGAGGAUGUAGCUGACUUAGCGAUUGGAUUGAUGUUGGCGACACUGAGAGAAAUUUGUGAGUGCGAUCGAUAUGUUAGGGCUGGAUUGUGGAAGAAAGUUUCUUCGUGUUUGUUUCUAUUGUCUGAGUGUUUUGGAUCGGAGGAUUUUCCAAAUUCGAUGAAUGGUGGGUUUUCCGAUCUAGUUGCAGGUUUGAGGCAACAGUCUCUUAUGGUGAUGGUGGUUUGA